AUGGAUUGCCCAAGCAUGGGCAUAAACAUUAUUUGCAGCGCUCCACCGAAAACGGAAAUUGGUGAGGAAGCGAUGGUUGAAAAUUUUGCUGAAUCGACAGUUGUCAAUGCCAGCCAGCCGCCUUCAUCAUCUAUUUCACAGAAAUCAAUGUCAACUACCAACUUAUUCGAUACUACAGAAAUGGAUAAACGCGCUUCAGUUGCAUCGACAAAUCAAGCAGCAAGUGCUGAAUCACUGCAGCACCAGACACCAUCCCUUGAAAACCUUUUGGCGCGGUCUAGAAUUUAUGACGAACGCAUUCCGGAAGUAGUUCUUGACGAUGCGACUCCGAAUCUGGAAGAUGAGCAUGAGCUUGUAAACAACAUCGGAGUUGAGUAA